AUGUAUCAAUCACUGCUACCUUGUCCCCCCUUCCUCCCCCUUUCCGCCUUCCUUCCUCUCCCUCUACCAUCAAAAUCUCCUCCCACCCUUUUCCACAUUGUCUUCUCUCUCGAAUUCCCCUCCCUGCUCCCCACAACGCCAAGGCACCGGCAGAGGAGCAAGCGGGCUGCCGUAGCAAGGCGUGAGCUCACUGCAGCAAGGCGUGAGCUCACUGCAGCAACGCGUGAGCUCACUGCAGCAACGCGUGAGCUCACUGCAGCAAGGCGUGAGCUCACUGCAGCAAGGCGUGAGCUCACUGCAGCAACGCGUGAGCUCACUGCAGCAAGGCGUGAGCUCACUGCAGCAAGGCGUGAGCUCACUGCAGCAAGGCGUGAGCUCACUGCAGCAAGGCGUGAGCUCACUGCAGCAAGGCGUGAGCUCACUGCAGGAACGCGUGAGCUCACUGCAGCAACGCGUGAGCUCACUGCAGCAAGGCGUGAGCUCACUGCAGCAACGCGUGAGCUCACUGCAGCAAGGCGUGAGCUCACUGCAGCAACGCGUGAGCUCACUGCAGCAACGCGUGAGCUCACUGCAGCAACGCGUGAGCUCACUGCAGCAACGCGUGAGCUCACUGCAGCAAGGCGUGAGCUCACUGCAGCAACGCGUGAGCUCACUGCAGCAAGGCGUGAGCUCACUGCAGCAAGGCGUGAGCUCACUGCAGCAAGGCGUGAGCUCACUGCAGCAAGGCGUGCGCUCACUGCAGCAAGGCGUGAGCUCACUGCAGCAACGCUUGAGCGUGCGCAAUAA